AUGUGUGUUGACACAGUACGAGCAUCACGUGGCUCGGAGGCUAUGGGAAUGAGAGGAUCGUGGAUCAUUAAAAGUAAUUACUCAUGGAUUGAAACUGAAGAAGUUUGCCGAAGUUCCUAUGCCAGCUCCUACUACUCGUGGGCUUCCGCGACAUUGGUUUUCCUUUAUGGCAACCUGGGAGAUGGAGCUGUCAACGACAUUCGACAGGUGGGAGGUUACAUGACCCUACUACAGUGUUGGAUUUACGAGCACUUCCCUAGGAUCUGUAAGCGGGGUGAUAGAGGAGCGGUUCCUGCGCAUCUUCCAAGAGCAUUCCCAUAUUUGCCAGAGCGAUGUCUUCGACAGUUUGGUCGUAUUCAGUGCAUAUCGCGUGACGUUCCUCCGAUGCCGGACAAUAUAGAUUGGGUCUGGCAGAGUACUAUGAGAUCAUCUGUAGAGACCUUUCGGAAACUAUAUCUUGUUGCGACUUUUCCUAGAGAGGUCACUGCAGACUACUAUGCAUGGUACAUUAGUGUUUCACAUCCUCUGAUUCUCCCUCCAUCCACUGUUGCACCUUCGAGUCCACAUACUACUGUUGCUGCACAUGCUGGUCCAUCAUCUUCUGCACAUGCUAGUAGAGACCGUAGAGCAGCUGAGCUUGCACAUAGGGCCUUAGAUAUGGUAACACCAUUUAGUGAGAUUCAUGACAUAUUAAGUGAAUUAUGCCGCUUGUAUGAAGAUUAG